AUGAUCGGUUUCAUGAGUAUUGCUUCUUCUCCACUGAGCAUCGCCGUGAGCUUCGGUCCGUUCGGCGUGCACCACGUGAAUUCGAGCUGGGUGGCGAUACAGAAGCUGCGAGAGAUGGGCGUCGUCGACGGCAACGUGCACCUCGUCAUACAGCGGCUGCCCGUCGAGUACGAUGCAGUGAGGAAGCUGGUGCCCGAGCUGUGGGAGAAACACAACCCAACACUGAUGGUACACACAGGAGUGUCCGGUGCUGCCACAGAGCUAGUCGUAGAGAAGCUGGCACACAACGAUGGCUACUGCUCACGCGACGUGUGUGGUUUAUUUCCGAGUACACAGUGUUGUGUAGAGGAAGGUGCCACGGUGCUGGAGACAGAACUAGAUGUGGAGAAGGUGUGUCGGUGUUUGAACGAGGUCGAGUGUAAGGUCGUAGCUGUACCUUCCAUGGACGCCGGCAGGUACUUGUGUGAUUUCUGCUACUACACGUCGCUAAACAUAAACCGCCGAGCAACCGUCUUCAUCCACGUCCCACCGCUCGACAAGCCGUAUAGUGCCAGCCAGAUGGCGCUAGGUCUGCGCGUGCUCAUAACGGCGUUACUGGAGCAAGUAUCCUGAUGACGUGCAGAGACAUGCAGUCACGAAGGACAAGUGUUCCAUUAACUCUAUCUAUUCCACCAAACCUCAGUCACGGUUCAUAUACACUUACAUAGUAUAUAUAUAUAUAUAAUCACAGCGUUCUUCCUAGGAAUUUCAGAAAACAUGUCAUGCAAUAGCCAGACUGCUAAUUGUAGCACAUUAGGCAAGGAACGUAGGCAGUCCCAGUACCAGUGCCUGAAAUGGGGGCCAGCCGAAGGUUGGCCCCCAAUUUUUUUUUGGGGGGCGAGUAAAUUUUUUUAGUCACUGGCCCAAAUGCAUUGUUGGAGGCCCAAAUUUUAUACAGCAGCGCAUCUGAGCCAGUGCGCAUAGAGCGAGUGCGCGCGAUCUGAGCGGGCUCAGCUAGGCACCCCGAUUCUCACCGGUCUCACUGCUAGCAUAAUUUAUCCAUUACUAUGCCACACUAGCGUUAUACAGCGGGCAUAGCAUACAAGCGUAUAAGCAAGCGUGGCCGAUCAGGGUAGGCUCAGGUCAGCGAUACAUGUACAUAAAUGUGAUGUUAUACAUUGUAUCAAGCUAGCCAUACAACGCAUCUAGACAUGUAUGUUUGCAGUGUAUAGCGGGAGUCGAAGAGUACCAGUCUACCCCGCCGUCAGCAAGCUAGGUCGGAACGAAAAUGCGCGAGCUUGGUCUGAUUGUAUCCUAGCGUGGACUCCGGUUUAGUAUUAUGAUUAGUUUAUAGUAAACAAAGAACAACUCAAACAUAUCAGUAAAUUUGUUUGUGUUGAAAUAUUGGCAGUUGCCCAAACUUUUUUGGGGGGGCAAGUGACUACUUGACUUGUGCAAUUUUCGGUCGCCCGAGCUAGACAUUGGUCGCCUGUGGCGAGUGGGCGACCGUCCAUUUCAGGAACUGCAGUACACAUGUACACUCGGUGAGUUAAGAGAGUAUACAGCAUGACUGUGGAAACACAGCAUGAUUGUUGGAAUUGUCAAACGUAAACACAGUUGGAACUUAAGGCAUGUCUUUAGGCAGUUAAGCUUAUUAGAACACGUUGGAUUUAUUGGAUGUUGCAAAAUAGCUUCAGCUCCGAAGGCAUGUUGGACCUGACAUGUGUUACAGAACUGGAGAAAACCCCGAUAUAUAUGUAAUAUAUAUAUAAUAUAUAUAUUAAAUUAUAUAUAAAAAAUAAAUAUGCUUAAA